GUUCCGGGAACGCACCACUCCGAUGAGAAAAGAUACAGGCCGGGUAGCCAAUCAGGAGCCGCAGCCCUCCCACGCCGGCCAAUGAGAGGAGCGCGGGGGCGGGGCCGCGGUUAUCUAAAGGCUCGGGCUUGGUUUCACGGCGCCGUCUGCUCUCGUCCCAUUGGCGCAGGUGAACCGUCUCAGGAUGCGAGAGGAGAGCGGAGGAGAGGGGAAGAGAGAGGGGAAAGCGCCGAUGGAAAAGUGUCCAGGGCUCGGUUAACAACAGAGAAAAAGGAAAAAGAAAAAAGAAAAAAAAAACAAGGAUACCGGCCGGCUUCAGUUUGUCUCGGGGCACUCGGCGAUGACAGACUCACCGAAAGGGGCACUUUGAGAUAUGAUGAGGUUUAUUUCUGGUCGGCAAUAGUACUAUGAUUUGGUAUGUGGCCACUUUGAUAGCAAGUGUAUUCAGCACCCGAGGAACGGCCGCUCAAGGUGCCCACGGAGUGCGAGAAGAGCCCCAGUUUGUGACGGCACGAGCAGGAGAGAACGUCAUCCUGGGAUGCGACGUGUCCCACCCCCUGAACGGCCAGCCCUACGUGGUGGAGUGGUUCAAGUAUGGAAUGCCCAUCCCCUUCUUCAUCAACUUUCGCUUCUACCCUCCUCACGUGGACCCGGAAUACGCUGGCCGGGCCAGUCUGCACGGCAAGUCCUCCCUGCGGAUAGAGAAUGUGCGUUCAGACGACCAGGGCUGGUAUGAGUGCAAGGUGCUGAUGCUGGAACAGCAGUAUGACACCUUCCACAACGGCAGCUGGGUGCAUCUAACCGUCAACGCCCCACCCACAUUCACAGAUACACCACCUCAGUACGUAGAAGCCAAGGAGGGCGGGAGCAUCACCUUGACAUGCACAGCCUUCGGCAACCCCAAACCCUCUGUCAGCUGGCUACGGGAAGGCAGCCUCAUGGUCAGCAGUGCCAAGUAUAAGGUGUCUGAUGGGAGUCUGACGGUGCUAUCCAUUACUCGCGAGGAUCGGGGGGCCUACACGUGUCGAGCCUUCAGCCCCCAGGGAGAGGCCAUUCACACCACACGGCUGCUAGUACAAGGUCCUCCGUUUAUCGUUUCACCACCGGAGAACAUCACGGUGAACAUCUCGCAGGAUGCCUUCUUCACCUGCCAAGCGGAGGCCUACCCCCGCAACCUGACGUAUACCUGGUUCUGGGAGGAGGACAACGUCUUCUUCAAGAAUGACCUAAAGCGCAGAGUCAGUAUUCUUAUCGACGGCUCCCUCAUCAUCGCCCAAGUCAAGCCAGAAGAUGCUGGGAAAUACACGUGUGCUCCAAGCAACAGCUUGGGCCGACCACCGACUGCCUCUGCCUACCUAACAGUGCAAUAUCCUGCCCGUGUGGUAAACAUGCCAUCUGUCAUCUACGUGGCCAUUGGUCUGCCUGGCUUCAUCCGCUGUCCUGUAGAUGCCAACCCUCCUGUAACUCUAGUUAAGUGGAAGAAAGAGGGCCUUCCUUUACGGAUAGAUAAGUACCCUGGUUGGAGCCAAAUGGACGACGGGAGCAUCCGUGUGGCAGAGGUGACAGAGGACUCUCUCGGCACCUAUACCUGCAUGCCUUACAAUGCCCUGGGUUCCAUGGGAUGGUCCCCUCCCGCUCCCCUGGUGCUAAAGGACCCUCCCAAAUUCUCAGUGGUUCCUGGAGGGGAGUACAGGCAGGAGGCUGGGAGAGAACUGGUUAUCCCCUGUGAAGCAGAGGGAGACCCCUUUCCCAACAUCACAUGGAGGAAAGUUGGGAAGCCCAGUAAAAGCAAGCACAACGUUCUGCCCCGAGGCAGCUUACAGUUGAAGUCACUCACCAAGGAGGACCACGGGGAGUGGGAAUGUGUCGCCACCAACGUUGCCACGAGCAUCACUGCCAGCACGCACGUCCAAGUCAUAGGCACAAGCCCCCACGCCCCCACCAGCGUCCAUGUGGCAGCAUCCUCCACCUGGGCCAAUGUGUCCUGGGAGGCGGGCUACGACGGAGGCUUUCCGCAGACAUUCUCAGUCUGGUAUGGCCAUGUGCUGAAGAGGGAACGCUUAGGUCCACAUGACUGGCUUUCCAUACCCGUGUCUGGAGGCCACGACUGGAUGGUGGUGCCCGGCUUGGAGCCAGAGACAACAUACCAGUUUAGCGUCCUGGCCCAAAACAAGCUUGGCACAGGCCCCUUCAGCGAGGUUGUCACUGUGAACACUCUAGUAUUUCCUAUAAGUACCCCUGAACCAUUGGUGCUGCUUACCCCACCACGGUGCCUCACAGCCAAUCGCACGCAGCAGGGAGUCCUGCUCACCUGGAUCCCGCCUGCCAAUCACACAGCACCUAUCCAGCAUUAUGUCAUGGAGUUUCGCCUGGGGGAACGGUGGGAGGUCUUGGACGACAGCAUUCCCGUUGGGGAGACGGAGCUGCUUGCCAAAGAUCUCAUCCAGGAGGCGUGGUAUGAGUUCCGUGUCAUGGCCGUCAUGGACGACAUGAUCAGCGAGCCUAGUAAUGUAGUAGGAGUCUCCAGCACAGACUUUUUCCCUCCUCCAGAGAUGGUGGAGGAGCGUGGACUGGCGCGGCCUGUGGUGGCUGGCAUCGUGGCCACCAUCUGCUUCUUGGCAGCAGCUGUCCUGUUCAGUACAAUGGCUGCCUGCUUCGUCAAUAAGCAGCGCAGGAGGAAGCUCAAGAGGAAAAGAGACCCCCCUCUUUCCAUAACCCACUGCAGAAAAAGCGUGGAAACUCCGAGUCCGCUUAGCCUCAUUCCCAGUGUUGAGCCCUACUGGGAGGGGCUGGACGCAAGCAGGUACAGGCCCCAACCUUCCAGUCCUCAGUCCUCUUCAGGAAAGGUGAGCCCAGAGAGCAUUCGUUCAAAGGCCACCCCGUCAGAAUCAUCUGAAGAUAGUCAUGACCAGCGUGGGAAGAAACCACCUCCAAGUCCAGGAAAGAAGGAGGAAUUAUCUUUAUACAAGAAGACCAAAAGAGCAAUAACAAGCAAGAAGUACAUGUCCAAACAAGAAACUGAAGCAACAACACCCAUAGAACUCAUCAGCCGAGGCCCAGACGGACGCUUUGUCAUAGAUCCCACUGACGCAGAAAUGUCUGUCAAACCCCGGCGAAUUGAGGGCUUCCCCUUUGUGGAAGAAUCAGACCUCUAUCCGGAAUUCCGUCAGUCAGACGAAGAAAAUGAUGAUCCAAGACCUCUGCCGCCGGUAAUGGCACCGCUUCGGCCUCACCAGAUUUCACCCAUCUCCAGUCAGGAAUCCUACCUACAACCUCCAGCCUACAGCCCUCGAUUUCACAGGCCCUUCGAAGGUAUGACCAUCAUGGAGAGCAGUCGGCUCCAGGCUACUGGGCAGAUCCGAGGAUCUCUCCACCACAGGGCUUUCUAUGGCUACCUAGGCCCACCCGGAGAUCAUGAUCCCCCACCUCCUUUUUACAUGCCUGAAACCAGCCCACUCAGCUCUGUCAUGUCCUCUCCUCCAUACCUUGCGGAAGGUCCUUUUGGUCACCCCAUGAUACCGGAAGAAAUGGGAGAUGGCGAUUUUCCACAGUAUGCCGUCUCUGGUUUCCCACUUCCUCUGACCCUCACCUCUUCCUCUCGUUCGCCAGAGAUUUGGCAGGGACUGGAUUUUACCUUUGCAAGCUUGGAGGGUCCCCAGUUCAUUUUUCCACCACAUCCCCCUUUGCAUCUACGCCACGACUCUCCUUAUCCCCCUCCACCUCAUGUUCUCCCCCUUAGUGCUUUCCAGCCCUCCUCCCUUCCAAUGCCCACUUACCCAGCUGUCUUGCCACUGGAGGCCCCAAAGAGCCACUCAAGCAAGUCUCCCAGUAAGGCCAAGCCUCAUGGCUCCCCAGCCAAGCAUUUUGCUAUGCAAGAGGCACAUUUAGGGCAGCUAAGACACACAAGCCACGGUAUGGGUGUGCCGGUUUUGCCUUACACCGAUCCAAUGGCCCAUAUAGUCCCUAGCACAUUCAGUAGCCUGGACACACGAUGGUUUGAAACAGCCCCUCGUUUCAGUCCCAGACAGGCUCGUAGGAUGGAUCCUGGUAUGCAUCAGGUGGUUCUCCAGCCAUCUCGACUCUCACCCCUCACCCAGAGUCCCCUUAGCUCUCAUGAGGGCUCCCCAGAAAUUGUAGUACGUCCCAGGCCACGUCCCAGCACUGUACAUCCUCCCAUACCCCCAGAGAUGUCUGAGAUUACCCUCCUCCCUCCUUCCACAGCAAGCUUCUCAAGAAGAUCUUCCCCCUCCUCCUCACCUGCCCAAGGCCAGGGUAGCAGGAGAGCAAGCCCAAGCUACCGUUCCCACAUGGCCUUUGCCACCUCUGCAACCAGCUACCCAGCCUCCCAGUCCCCGUCACCCCCCAUGGAAAGCAGCAACAUAUUUGGGCAGAUGCCAUGUCAGAGGAGAACUGAGGAGGAGAUCCUUCCAUCUGAGCCCUCUCCACCCCAGUUGUCAGCUUCAGGAAAAUGUCGAGGUGCGCCGAGUGCCCUUUCGGGGUCUGAGAGGAUUGAUGCACUGAGAUACCAACGUAUUAAAAAGGCCAAAAAGAUGAUGAUGAACAACAAUAACUCCAAGACCAGAAAGAAAGCAGGUGUCUCCACCUCUCAGACCCAGCAGGCCUACACCUCUCAGGUACUCCAGCCCGAAGAAGCUCUCUACCUCCGCAAGAAGAAGAAACGGCCCAUACUCCAUGACCCAUAUACGCGCUUUUCUGCUCUGCUGUACCGCCGUCCACCACAGGAGGACCAGAAGGCAAUUCUGGCCAGCAUGGACAACAUAGACCUAGACCAUGCCACGCUCCUCUGAAAGUCCUUGAGAAGGUCACAACCAUGCAAUAUGCCCCCCAUUCCAAAAUAACAGUGCACUAGCUACAUCCCACCUAAAAAAAAAAACUAAAAAAGCAAUCAGUCAAUUAAAGAUGUUUGGAGUUUAUUAUCUGUAGGGGGGAUGUCACUAAAUUUAAGCAUUCAGAUUUGGAAUAUUCUCAAUUCUAUUUACAUUAAUAAGCAUUCAGAUGUGCUCUUGUUGACAGAGCAGCACUCUCAAAACUAGAAUGCUUCCGCAAUUGGUCUGUUCUAAGGGUAUAGUAAGUAUUUAGACAACUAUCGAUUGAGACCCCCCACCAAAAGCCACAAGAAUGUUGAGUGCAUUCUUAAAAGAAGUAGUAUUCCUCAUUAAAAAUGCGUCUAGACUUUAGAAAUUCAAACCAAAAUGAUUUUCAUCAUGCUUUUUUUUUUUUUUUAACAGUUUUACUCCAGUGCAAAACAAGUAAUUAAAUACUUGAUUACAACUCCCAAAAUUUCUUUUAAAAUUUCCCUCUAGUAAACCUGCUAGAGUGUUACCACCUUUACUUUGAAAGUGCCCAGGCUUGGGUCAUAUUUCUUGUGCUUGAGUCCCCCACCCCAACCAGAAACAAACCUGUUGGUCUUCGUUUACAGCACCUUCUACCGGAUCCUCUCCGCCAGCAAAGUCUCUUAUCUGCCGGGAAAAUCGCCUCAACAAAUAUGGGUGUUUUCACUUCCUACCAAGUAUACCUCAGAGCACAGGACACGAGACCACACAACCACCAGGAUCAGCCAGCAGAACAAACUAGCCUGUUUGAAUCUUUAGUCAUUAUGGUUGUUUUUCUUAUGACACGCUCUUCUUCUUAGGUUUCAUUUUUUUUUUUUUUUUUUAUAUAUAUGCAUACUUCGAUUAUUUAGUUUAUGUGUCGCAGAAUGACUCGAGGAUGAAACAGAAAGACGAGCCUCGACUGCUUUAAUCAGACCGACUUUAGCCGUACGCUAUUUCUGGCAGAGAUAUGAGUCACAGAGGGGGCUUACAUCCAUUCCACAUGACCUCCAUACAGUUCUUGGGCACAGUCAAAAGCAAGGGUUGUUAUCAAUUGCAAAAUUGUUGAAGUUUUACAGGCAGGAAAGAAAAAAAAAUUCAAUAAGCUCCUUCAGCUUAUAAACCAGAGCUUCGCACAUCUCACAACUGUUUGCACUGGAGCAAAAUCUUUAUCCUGUCUGUUCCUUUACAUCACUAUUUUAGGUAGCUCCAAAUCCUAUCUAGAAAAUUAUGCCAAAAAUGAUUCCAUUAAAGAAAAGAAAUGAGCCCUACCUAGUGAGGGAGAUAUAUAUUAUUAUUAUCAUAGAGUUUGGAGGGUUUAAAGUCAGUUUGGCCUUAAUGGAGUUUCUGGCUGGUUGCCUGCUUCUUUUGUGUCAUUUUUUUUUUCUAUUUAUGUUUGUUCGUGUGUGUGGGCGUGUCCAAGUACCAGCCGCUUUUAAAUACUUUCUAUUUAUGUGCUUGUCAUUUGAAAUGUGAAUGCUAAGGGUAUGUAAUAGCCUGGAAGCCAGCUCGAACUUCUCCCAUCCGAAACGUUUGUGGUGGAAUUUAGGUCAGGAGUCGCUCCAUUAGGAAUUCAUUACACAAAUCAUUUGGGUGGGGGCCUUUAUGUGGUGAUGGGCAGAAAAGUAAUGGCAACAUCGUCUUCUUACAAUCUGAGCACCAUGGAGUUGAAAUUGUUUACAGCUAUGACUUUACUGAUUGGUUGGAGGACUAUCCCUGUAUUAGUUGAAGCACUUCCUGUAAUGAAAUCCAAAUGGAGCCUCAUAUUCUGACAGACACUGAGUCUGGCUUCCCCAGGCUAAAGAGUACAGCCAUCCUCCAAGAGAAUAGUACAGCAUUUAAAGAAACACAAAACGAGCCAGAACUUGUUUUUUGUUUUGUUGUUUUUCAAGCAGUUUCUGUUUUACCUAACAUGAAAAUGUGGAUAUGUUUUUUUUUAUUUUUUGGAUUGGAUUGGAUGAGUAAAGGAUGUGCCAUAUCAUCAGAACCUCAGCUAUAUAUCACGCACCGCACACGUUUGCUGCCUGGUGACAGUUUAGAGUCGGCAGAGGACGGAUGUGUUCUGCAACAGCUGAAGCUUUAAUCGUCAGCUUUUUAUCGCGGCUUUGAUCUAAAGGUGCUCAGUCUCUCUUUUGGAUGUUACGGUGACAUAUGCUUCAUGAGGAAUGCAUGAUUGAAGUGGAAUGUCGGUGGUGAUGCAAUUUUUUUACGUAUUUAUUUAUUUCUUUAUUGUGAUUUUGAGCAGCGACUCCAACACGGUCUUCUAAAAUUAGCCACAUUUUUCAGUGACUAAAUUUGGCUGCUGGGUUAAGGUAUUUCCACAAUAAAUGCUUGGAAUUGGAAUUUUAAAAGGGCAAGAGUGAAGACGUUCGUGUUUCUCUCAUUCACGCCUGUUCGACGAAACAGGGAAUGGUACUGUAAAUAAGUCUUCUGAGAAAAAUCAUCAUGUAUUAUUAGACAACUAAAAAGUAAGUAAUAAAAAGAGUCACGAGUGACAUAUUCAGCCUAAUGGACCCAUGUCACCAUUUCUUUAAAGAAGCUAGUGCCUUUAUUUGUAAUUGAAUUAUUAUGCCUCCAAUGAUGCACUUGUUGUGGAAAUAACUUUGAAAUACAAUGUAUAACUGUUAAUAUCUUAAGUGAAACCACAGCCUCUACUUCCAAAGACGACAUGACUAAUUUCAGUAAGAAAGAAGUUUUAUCGUUGGCGCUACCAAUGGCAACAUUUCAUUAGUGACAGCUGCUCUCCACCUCUGUGAAACAGAAGCACCAAAUACUGUCUGGAAGCUAUCUGUGGAGGAGCCAGAGGUGCUAAGCUCACAAAGUGAGCGCUCCCUCUGUAAAGGCGUGUGAAAGCUGUAUUUUUUAUUUUUUUUUUUGUUUACACAGAAGCAUGGAGAACAGGCUGUUGGAGUGGUGGUUGGAUUCAAAAUCACACUGAAAGAGAAACGAGGCGCUCUUCUUCCAUAAAGCUACUGUUACUGCUACGUGCCAGCGGCGGUAGUUACUAAGCUGCAGGCUCUGGUGCAUGACUCAAAUCUGUCUGUCUGUCUGUUUUUUUUUUUUUUUUUUUGCCUUGUUGCUCUUUAAUACCAUUGUUCUUAGACCAGCUGUUGAAAUGUAUUUGUAAUAGGUAGGAGAAGAAGAGUGCCACACUUUCCUUUUGACGUUUUUGCUUUAAUGAAUGUUUCACAGUGGAUCCUGUCUGUGAUGCUUGUGUUGCCGUGGGUCUUCUGGGCAGAGCUCUGUGGGGGUUUCAGCGAGCGAAUGGAGGCGUUGCUGGAAGCCUCCGGGCGGGGUACGUUCUGGGGCUACAAGACAGGUGUCAAAUGUCGUUGCAUACAUAUAAAACUACUGUACGAGGAGACGAGAUAAUGAAACUACUAAUUCCCCACUUACAGUAGGGCUAGAACAACCCCGUCGCUGUGAAAUUAGCUAGUGUAUAAACUGCUAGACAUGUACAUUGUUUCUUAUACGUCUGCUCGAAGGGUUAGUUUCGAGUUUGCUACAUGAAUUAACUUUGGAACUUUCCUUGAUGCCGCGUUUCCUAACUUUUUCAAAACACUGCAUAAAUAUUUGGUCAGUCCUGCAACUUCCUUUUAAUCAACACUUUACUACAGAACCAUCUGCAUUGACAAUAAUGACGACUUGUACAUACCUUACCAACAUUUUGUCAAAAAAUAUUCUUACGUAGUUACUGUUUUGUUUUUCAGGACAAACACAGUAUGUAGUCUAAUUGAAAUGAUCCACUUUGCCAACACUGAAGGUGUUGUUCCGCCGUGUCCACAUUUUAAUGUGGGAAAGGAAAACAACCUAAAAAGACUAUAAGGAUUUAGAUUCCUUCUCAAAAUUAGAAGAUACAGUAUAAUUAGUCUAUAUAUUAUAAAAUGUAAAAUAAUAAAUUACAUAUUUUAUUAAAACUGGUCAGUCAUUGUGCAUGCAGAAAAAGUGAUAGAAAAUAUGUGACUUCAUUUUUUAUUUUAUUAUUUUUUUUUUUUGUAUUUCUGUUUUUAGGCAGAUGCUGCUCUGACUGUGUUCACAAAGCCAGUUUAACUUUUGGUAAAAAUUAAAGUUUGACGAACCACAUCCAAAACGGUUUAGACUAGCUGAACUAAAGUACUAAAAUUCAGUUUGGGGUGUGACAUAGUUCUGGUUAAUUUGUGUAAUUUUUUUUUUUUUUUUUUAUAUAUAUACGCCACUGUUGAAUGCAAAACCUUGACAAUUCAAAGUCUCACGAGCUCUUGCGACUCCACGGUUGUUUGAUCACUAAGGGCUUCAGUGGGACCUACGUGACGUGAGGACAGGGUGAGCUCGAUGGGUGACAGCGUCUUAACCAGGUCAAGGAUGAUGUUGGCUCUGCCUCAGCGAAGAAGUACUGUAUACCUCUUAAUGUGCCACAGAGAAACGUGUCCCUGCAUGCGGUGUUGAGUGGACUUGCAUGGUGUAAGCAUCUGAAUGCUACUGAUGAAAAAAGGGGGGGUUUUAAAGCCAAUACAAAAGCUGAGCGUAUAUCACAGGCGUGUAGAGGUGCCCUGGUAAAUCUAAAUCUCAUAUUACUCUGAAAAUACUGACCCUCAAAAUAGUUGUGUUGAGAUGCAAUAGAAGCACACGCUAUACGAUCGGUUUCAAGAUCACUCGUUAAUAAGGACAGGAAGAUUUCCUGUAUCUGAUAUGUUUAUAAUAGUACAACAGAUGAACGUUACCACUAAGAAAGGACAAAAAAAAAAUUUACUUUAACAUAAAUAAAUCAAUGCUACAGUUUGGUGAUGCAGAAGGACGGAAUUAAAUCAGUGUCUUGAAUUUCUACAUUUCCAAACAUUAACUCUUGAGUUCUACAUUUAUUAAUGCAUUCUUUCUGUAUUUUAACAAGGCCGCAGAUCCUAAAUUUACUCAUGUAUUUAACAGGAGGUUAGCUUAGCGCGUAGAGUCGAUGGAAAUAGUUCAGCUUCUGCCAAUCCGUCUUUGAUUUAAAUACCGAAAUAGAAAUUGAAUUCUGGAGUUUUACGUUUACAAAAUAUUUAUUUCUGCAUUCAUUUAUCUGUUUACACUUUAGUCAUUGUUUGGCCUCCAUAUAUCUCGCCAUCUGUUUGGACUGGGUGCUUUCUUUGACAAAUAGCAGUCUUGUUUGUGGCAGGUACAGCGCAUAAAUACAGAUGUUUAAAUUAUGGAUUCCUCAGUCCCAUGCGGCGCUCUGCAUCGUGAGGAUUCGCAGUUGCUGGUCCUGUGCACAACUCUAUUAGUUACGUCAAAUCUCAGUACUGUACCACUGGCUCUCGAUCCAAGAAAACCUCGAGUGUGACAUCGGUGUAGUUUAAGGUGCAUUUAGAGAGACUUGUUAACGUAUCGUCGUAGAGAUUCAGAUGUUGGCCGUGUUGUUACCCCGUACGCUACAGCGGAGAAUCUCUGGUGCUAACACACGCUGGUGCAAAUCGAAAACUCGUCAUUUCACUCAGUGGACCGCGUUUAGUUGCUAGGAAGCAUCUCUAGUUCACUACAUCUAAAACUGCCAUAUCAUUUUCCUCAUUUUCUCUUAACAUUAAAAAAUUAAAUAAAAAAGGAAACUCUUUGAUAAAAAAGAAGAGGCCAAGUGAACGUGUCGUACCGAUAGAGUUAAAUUAGAUCACCGAGAUUUCUGUAAAUAUAUUUUAACUGAUACUGUUCAUGAUAUUAUCUUUACAUUUUGGCUGUGAAUUGCAAAUCGAUACCGUGAUAAAACAAAAAAAAUAAUAAUAAACUUAUUAUUAGUUUCUUUUUUCAGGUGCAUUUUUUUUCAUUGUCCAAAAACAUCCUUUACAAAAGAAAAAAAGAAGAAGAAAAAAGCAAGGGAUGCAAAAACAGACACACUGACAAAUGAGCUCAUCACAGGAAAUCGUCUUUUCCUCAAAGGCCAAGAACAGAUGACACACUGAGGCAGAGAGCUUUAAACUAAACUCGACUUAACCGAGCUCAGCUUCGCUGCAGACACUCGCCGCCGGUGUGUCGCUGCAGAAACACGGAGUAUUCAUCUAACUUUGUCCGAUCUUGAGUGUGCAAAAAUACUUAAGAAAUUUGAGAAGAAAAAAUAAAAUAAAACCAUGUAAAUAACAUCUCUGAUGAGCUUACCUUGUCAUAUAUAUAUAUAUAUAUUUUUUGUAGAGGAAAAAAAAAAUGAUGCACAUCAACUAUAUUGAAGACUGACUGGGAACUGAGUAGUGUAGGGUCUGCUUCAGUGAUGCAUUAUACGAUUAAGUCACAGACCAGUGUCUAUUCUGUAUGUGAGUGAUGGAAAUCUUCUAAAUGCUAGAAAUUAGUUUAUGAAUUUAAUAUUAUAGAGUCAGGAAAUAUAGAGAAAAAAAUAUAUAUAUAUAUAUAAAAGUAAAUAUAUAUAUAUAUAAAUUGUCAUGGAACCAAAAUGGUUAUAUGAGUAUCUAUAUUUGAGGACAGUACUUGUUUUCAAGAAUGUACAAGUCUAUAUUCUAUUAUUUUUAUAUCCAUUUGUUGCUUUAUACUGUAGCGAUGCAGAAUCGUACACAAAGUAGAGAAACACAUCUGAGCUGUCCGGUUGUGUACAGAACAAAAGAAAAAUGGUGCAUCAAACUGUACUGUAUAUCUAACCGUCUAUUACACAGAGACACUCAGAGAAGGAUAUAUCGAACUAGUUUUUAUAGUAACGUCCAUCUGGUGUGAAUAGCAAAUGUACCUGUCAUCUUGCCACGCUGCUCAUUUGUUCAUUAGGGGACGGCAGUUUAGCUCCGCCCUGGGGUUUUAUCUUUGCUUUGAUUCGUUUCCUAAACCAGGCUGGCUUCUGCAGUUGCAUUUUUUCUUUACAAAUUUGCUUUGGCAUGGAUCAAUGGAGACUUUUCCCACCCGUACUAUGGUGCUCCCUUGCAAUCUGUAUCACAGCAGAGCACAGAAAUCUUAUUGUAUGUUCUUUGAAUUCACAAACUGUGCAGAUAGAUGAACUCGAUUGUGUAUAUUCACAGUAUGUAUGUAACAGAAGUGGUGCCGCGCGGCUUGGCUCGGCGCGUUGGACUGAAAACUGACUGGGAGACCCGGACGUUUUUUUGAUUUUGGUUUCAAACUGAAGCAUGUGCAAGUUAACCAACAUUCUCCUGCCUUUCGCUCUGAGGUGAACGUCGAGCGUUGCAGAAGCUGCUAAAAGUUACUCCAGACAUUCAAGUCAGUGCUGUACAUUGCCAAACAAAAAAAAAAAAGAAAGAAAGAAAAAAGGAACGAACAACAGCAACAACAACAACAAAAAAAAAACACACCACAUACAUUCUGACAACUGGUGCUAUUUAAAACAUCUGUGGUGCUUUUUUAAGUUAGUUAUUUCCUUGCUUCAGACGAAAUGUAGCUACACAAUCCUGUACUGUACUGUUGGUUGGUGUUUGGCCAGUCAUUUUACCUGGUUCGCUCAUGUGUGUCGGAGGGUUUUUCUGUUUGACUGCUGUGGUUUCAGGGAAUACACUGAUCCAAUCGGACAAACAUUUGGAGUGGCAAAUUUUACAAGCAAAGACGUUUAAUAAGAGGUUGAUUUAAAUACUCACCAUGAUAACUUUCUUGGAAUUGACUUAUUUUGUAUUUUGGUGUGGACUUCACAGUUCUGCUGUAUCGGUGGUCGCAAAUAGUAUACACACAAUAUGUCUGGUGCUGAGUGAUUAGAUAUGUUCACCGUACAUUUUGAUAUGUAUCUUAAGACAUUUAAAUCCUCUGGAGAGUUUGUAUGAGCUCAAGGAAAACGUACUAAGUCUUCUCUUCUAUGGAAGGCGGAUGCUCAAAUUAAUUGGACUGGUUUCUCUGCAACCAAAAAUGCCACAACUGCAACGUUACUAUGUUUAAAGACCAGAGAAAGUGUCGAAAUAUGUGUAAUCUCGUAAUGAAUUUUAAGUGACAUGGAGCUGACAAUGUUUUUUUUUUGUUGUUUUGUUUUUGUUUUUGUUUUCUCCUCCAUCAUGAAAUGCAAUACAAGUGGAAGAACAAACUGAACUUGUUGUCUCCUCUUAAUUGUUCAGUCUUCCUGGGAUGUGUCCAACUGGGUUGCGUUACAGACCUCCUGGAAAACAACACAAACAUACGAGUGUGUUCACUGUUAGUCACAGGCAUAGACAACUCAGUACCUCAAAAUAUCUCUUCAUUACAAAAAAAAAAAACCCUUUGGUCCUGGUAACCUAUCCAGUUGUUUCUUCUUCUCUUUUUCCCUUUUUUUUUUUAAUGUUCUCCAUCUCUGAGAAGUCAGUAGACAUAACGCUUUUUAUAUUUGUUGGCACAACCACUAACAAGAAUGUAUGGCUAUUGUUAUCCCUGCCCCUCCCCCCCUCCCUCCCAACUCUUCCUAAAAAUGUAAGCUUUUAAAGCAACUAAAUUGAACUGUCAGUUUUUUGUAUUUCAAAUGUCUUGGUAUGCUUGUUGUAGUUGUAUACUCAUAAUGGUGUAUAUUACAUCAGUUUUUAUUUAUUAAAAUGUCUAAAUUUUC